AUGGAGAAUGCUGAUAUUUUCUUGGCCGUUGAUCCCUGUACAGUAUGGAGAAUACGCAUUUCGUUUUCCCACUGUUUUUGCCUCUGUCACAAACGCGGAUUAGCUCCGGCAGGAGACGAAGGAACCACCGACAAGAGCAUCGUCGAAGAGGAGGCCCAGACCAAGGUCGUUGCGGAGGACGCAGGCGUCGACGCUGCUUCUGAACCCGCAGAGACACCAUCGUCGGAAGAGGGAGGCAUUCCGGAGCCCGCCGAUGCCGUCACCGCGGAUGAGGCGGUGGUCGAGGUUGCUGCUCCUGCCGCUGAUGCUGCUGCCGGUAUCGGGGAGGAGCCCGCGGCAGCGGAAGAAGAGUCCGCGGCCAAGGAAGACGACCCCGAGCCAGCGGUGCCCGCUGCUGCCGAGGACGCUGCCGUGACCGUCGAGGAGGCGGUGACCACCCCCGACGAGACGACCACGGAGGAGACUGCCGACGUCGACACCACGCCCGCGGUCGAAGAAGAAGAAGAAGAAGAAGAGGUAUCGCCGGUGCCACCUGCUGAGGAUGUUGCUUCGCCGGCCGUCGACUCCGCUGAAUCGACGGAUGCCGUGGAAGAUCCCGUCGCAGCCGCCGAAGAACCCGUCGCCGCCGCGGAAGAACCCGUCGCAGCCGCGGAAGCAUCCACCACAGCCCCCGAAGAACCCGUCGCAGCCACGGAAGAACCGGUCGCCGUCGUGAAAGAACCCGUCGCUGUCGCGAAAGAACCCGUGGCAGCCGCGGAAGAACCCGUCGUCGUCGUGAAAGAUCCCGUCCCAGCCGCGGAAGAACCCGUCGCCGUCGCGGAACCUGUUGCCGUCGCGGAAGCAUCCGCCGCAGCCCCCGAAGAACCCGUCGCAGCCACGGAAGAACCGGUCGCCGUCGCGGAAGAGACCGUCGCGGUCGCUGAAGAACCCGUCGCAGCCACGGAAGAACCCGUCGCAGCCGCGGAAGAGCCCGUCGUCGCCGUGAAAGAUCCCGUCCCAGCUGCCGAAGAACCCGUCGCCGUCGCGGAAGAACCCGUCGCAACCGCGGAAGCAUCCGCCGCAGCCCCCGAAGAACCCGUCGCAGCCACGGAAGAACCGGUCGCCGUCGUGAAAGAACCCGUCGCUGUCGCGAAAGACCCCGUGGCAGCCGCGGAAGAACCUGUCGCCGUCGCGGAAGAACCCGUCGCCGUCGCGAAAGAACCCGUAGCAGCCGCGGAAGAACCCGUCGCCGUCGCGGAAGAACCCGUCGCCGUCGCGGAACCUGUUGCCAUCGCGGAAGCAUCCGCCGCAGCCCCCGAAGAACCCGUCGCAGCCACGGAAGAACCGGUCGCCGUCGCGGAAGAGACCGUCGCAGCCGCUGAAGAACCCGUCGCAGCCACGGAAGAACCCGUCGCAGCCGCGGAAGAGCCCGUCGUCGCCGUGAAAGAUCCCGUCCCAGCCGCCGAAGAACCCGUCGCCGUCGCGGAAGAACCCGUCGCAACCGCGGAAGCAUCCGCCGCAGCCCCCGAAGAACCCGUCGCAGCCACGGAAGAACCGGUCGCCGUCGUGAAAGAACCCGUCGCUGUCGCGAAAGACCCCGUGGCAGCCGCGGAAGAACCUGUCGCCGUCGCGGAAGAACCCGUCGCCGUCGCGAAAGAACCCGUAGCAGCCACGGAAAAGCCCGUCGCCGUCGCGGAAGAACCCGUCGCCGUCGCGGAAGUGGCCGUCGCCGUCGCGGAUGAGCCCGUCACCCUCGAAGCAGAGACCGUCGCGGCAGAGACCGUCGCAGCCGCCGAAGAACCCGUCACAGCCGCGGAAGAACCCGUCGCCGUCGCGGAAGAGACCGUCGCGGUCGCUGAAGAACCCGUCGCAGCCCCGGAAGAACCCGUCGCAGCCGCGGAAGAGCCCGUCGUCGUCGUGAAAGAUCCCGUCCCAGCUGCGGAAGAACGCGUCGCCGUCGCGGAAGAACCCGCCGCAACCGCGGAAGAACCCGUCGCCGUCGCGGAACCUGUUGCCGUCGCGGAAGAAACCGCCGUACCCGCUGAAGAAUCCGUCCCAGCCACAGAAGAACCCGCAGUCGCGGAAGAGCCCAUCUCCGUCGCGGAAGAGCCCGUCGAAGUCGCGGAAGAAACCGUCGCCGUCGCGGAAGAACCCGUGCUCGUCGGCGACUCGGCCCCGGCGGAGGACGCCCCUGCUCCGGCCGGUGUGGAAGGUGAAGUGAGUGCCGCCGUUGCAGGGGACGACGAGCCGACCGUCGCCGCCCCUGCCAUGAAGGAAGAUGAAGACGACGCCCCGGCGCAAGGUGAAACGGUCGCCAAGGAGAGCGUCGAAGAGAACGUUACGAACGAGCCUGCUGCAGAGGCCCCGGUCAUCGAUGCUGCUGCCACCGCCGCUGUUGCUGCAGAGGCUCCUUCCUCGGACGAGCGAGCCAUGCCGAAGUCCGCCGAUGUUAUCGCUGACGAGCCGCUUGUGGGGGAUGCCACCCCCGCUACUUCUGAUGCCGUCGUACCAGCAAAGGAGGGAGAGGAGGCGGAGGCCAAAGAAGACGUCCCUUCCGCCAAGGAAGACGCUCCUGCCACCGCCUCCGAUGUGAUAGAAACCCCCGCCGAGGCCGCGGGUCCAGCCGAAGCGGAACCCGAAGCUGAGCCAAAGUUGGAGGCGGUCGGGGGAGAGGAGGAGCCGGUAGUCGUCGUCGAGGGAGAAGAUGCCGCAGACGUUGCUGACGAAGAACCCGUGGUUAAGGAUGAUGCACCAGAGCCCGCCGUAUCCGCUGAGGUUGUGCCCGAGGUCGCAGCGUCUGAUGUAGCGGCGACCGCCCCCGACACCGACACCACGGAGGAGGUAGCCGAGAUCGACACGGCGACGGCAGAUGCGGUUCCGGUGGUAUCUCCGCCUGAUGAGGUCGCUGCUUCCCCGGACGCGCCGGUUGGCUCUGCGGAAGACACCGCUGCAGUGGAGGGCGACGGUUCCGCUGCCGUGCCCUCGAAGGAAGAGACCGAGACCAAGGGCGAUGCUCCUGCCGCCACCGCCACUACGGAGGAGGCAUCCGCUGCUGCUUCGGUUACCGCCGCAGUGAAGGCCAUCGAAGAGGACGAGGGGUUGGUCGUGGUCAAUGCCGUCGAAGAAGAUGGCGAUUCUGCUGAAGGCGCCGACACGGGAGUUCCCCAGGACCCGGCAAAGCCGGUCGCAGAGGACGCGAACGUAGGCGCCGCAGCUUCCUCGCCCGCUGAAACGCCUUCUUCAGCGACCAUGCCGGAGCCCCCCGCCGACGCUGCCGAACCCACCGUAGAGGACAACGCAACUGCUGCCGUUGCUGCCACCUCCGCUGUGGUGGGGGGGUCAGCUGCUGCCGAUAAGCCCGCUUCGGCCGAGACUCUUACCACCGAACCGACAGGGGAACCUGCUACAGCGGAGGAACCCGUCGCAGAGAGCGCGGCCGAUGCCGGUCCUCGUUCCAGUCCCGGCGACGGCCACGGCCACGGCAAGGGCGGCGGCGGCGGGUUCCUCAAGGGGGUGAAGAAGUGGUUCAAGAAGGACGGGAAGCGUCCGAGUUCCUUCAAGAAGGGCAACAAGGGGAACAAGCAGCAGCAAUCGGAGCACUGGACGGAGAAUCUCGCGUCCUCCCCGCCCUCCGCCACCGCCGCCGCCGCCGGUGCGGCGGAACAAGGGAAGCCCGAGAAGCAACACAAGGAGGAGCAGGAGGAGGAAUUCCUUACCACCGCCGCUGCCGCUGACCCCGGAGCCGGGACCGACGGGACUGCUGGCGGUACUGGCGGUGCUGAAGCUUCUACCAGGGUUGACGUUGCCGGCGCUGUGGUUGUGAUUAUGUAACCAGCCGCGCGACCUGCGGAAAUCCGGUGCUGCACGCUGUUCGGUUGCCGCUGCUGCUGCUGCUGCUGCUGCUGCUUCACACUACCCCAUCCACCCAACGACAGGUACGCGGCGGCGGCGGCCCCGACCCAAUGGCGGCGGCAGCGGCAGCGGCGGCAGCAACGGCAGCAACGGCAACGGCGGCACCGCCACCGAGUUGGCCGCGUGUGGUUCAGGAAAUUGUCGUCGCGUUUUGGGCCCAGAUCGUCGCGCUAGCAAGGUUUUUGACGAAACGGCCGGUGGCAGGUGCGGAAGAGCAAUAAGACAAAGGCGCCGCCGAGAGCGGGGGGGUUAAUAAUCCGCGGCGAGUUUUCGGUGCUUGCUUGGCGACACUGCACCGGACCGAAGGGUGGGGCCCAAAUUUUCUUUUUUCUUGUUUUUGCCAUGCUUUCGCUGUGUGGUGUCAAUCGUAUCUGAAUUCUGUAUCUACCUCGGCUUGCCAUGUUUGUCGGCGUAAAAGAGCCUUGUCCAUCGGUGGCGGCCUUUGGAGAUUUGCUAAACGGGACCGGUUCUUGCUCUUUUAUAUUCUGGGGAGAAUGUUUUUGCGAUUCCGAGGCCACUCGGUACUUUGACUGAAGUGUCACACCCGGGAGUUAAUUUCUGGAUAAAAUGUUUUUGCGAUUCCGAGGCCACUCGGUACUUUGACUUAAGUGUCACACCCGGGAGUUAUUUUCUGGGGAAAAUGUUUUUUGCGAUUCCGAGGCCACUCGGUACUUUGACUGAAGUGUCACACCCGGGAGUUAAUUUCAGGAUAAAAUGUUUUUGCGAUUCCGAGGCCACUCGGUACUUUGACUUAAGUGUCACACCCGGGAGUUAUUUUCUGGGGAAAAUGUUUUUUGCGAUUCCGAGGCCACUCGGUACUUUGACUGAAGUGUCACACCCGGGAGUUAAUUUCUGGAUAAAAUGUUUUUGCGAUUCCGAGGCCACUCGGUACUUUGACUCAACUGUCACACCCGGGAGUUAUUUUCUGGGUAAAAUGUUUUUUGCGAUUCCGAGGCCACUCGGUACUUUGACUUAAAGUGUCACACCCCGGAGUUAUUUUCUGGGGAAAAUGUUUUUUGCGAUUCCGAGGCCACUCGGUACUUUGACUUAAGUGUCACACCCGGGAGUGGCCUCUCGGGGCGCAGUGGCGAUGCACGUUUUCGCCAGAAGCUGCUUCUUGAGCUUAGAUACAUUUGGUUUUGCGUACGCUUGGAGCACUUCUGCGCGGUGUGGUCGUCCGCCCCACUUUUUUGUGUUGUGAUAUGUUUGCCCCUGUUCUUGAUGUACACCCUUUUCUUCGCGUUCGCAGUUGUGGUGGUAUUGCUGUGAACUCCACACCUUCCUCGUACGUGCAUAACCCCCCAUACGGAACUUGCUUGCUGUUUAUUGUGGGCCCUGAAUGUAAACCCUUCAUGUUUGCCUUGGUACCAUAAUCGUUUGUAUGGGGUUUCGUCUCUUAAGUGCUUUGCGUGUUUUUCUGUUGGGUGGCGGUGAGCUAUGUCGGGAGACACGUCCCGCCGCAUGUUGUGGGUAUUCUUGGGCCCGAAGUUUAGGACCCAGCGGGGUCACGUUUUUUGCGGGCCACGCUUUUGUAAGAAACGCCCAGUUGGAACAAUUGGCCAACGGACCCAGUCGCCAUAAAAAAUCGCUUGGAAAAGCGUCGCCGACUGAAAAUCUUCAUGCCACGAGUUUUGUGUGGCGAGUGAUAAGUCGCUCCGAGUUUGCGUCAUGGAUUCGAAACGGUUUCAGCCAGCCGGUGACGUCGACAGCGCUUGGCUUCAGGGAGUGACAUGAACGGAACAUGUACAGAUUUCUAGGCAUUUGCCAAAUGUACUCUAUGCCGUGGAGACACGUGUGAUAACGGGGGAAGGAGUUCCAAGUUACCACUUUUUUUGCUUUUUUUUCUCGUGGCAUUCCGAGUUUCAAGUUGUGAUAACAGGGGAAGAUGUUCGAGUUAUCUCUCUUCGUGCUUUAUUUUGCUCGUGGCAUGCAUAUUUCGAGGUCAAAGUGUGACAAGGGGGGAAAAAGAGGUCCGAGUUAUCGCGCUUGUGUUUUUUUCUCGUACGUUGUUGCGAGGUUUUUAUAGGCUGUUGAGCAGGUGUUACAUCCGCAGUUCCGUCCUAUCGAUAUGUCGUAGCGUGGAAGCCGCUACGAUGGGGGCGGUAGAGAUGGGUGCGCAUGAAUGAGCUACCUAGAUGGGAGGAAAGAAGAUUGUGCGGAGUUUCUGACAGCCGGCCACUAGAUGUGUGCGUUUGUUCGGGUGUGGGGUAAGUGCGUUGUUUUGGCUCUUUUCACCGGUACCACAUCCCGACUGACAUAAGUGGUGAAUAAGUGUGCUUGCUCAUGAAGAAGCGCUUGAGUUGAAAGCCAUGCAUAGCGCAAUGAUAUAGCGCCAUGAGCCCGUCGUCUGCGACAGAGGUCUUUGAUAAGGGUGAAGUGCAAGAGAGUCUCCAGGAUUCUUCAUCUUGGUGCGCCAGGGCAGAAGGUACCCGACGUCAUUUUCAUGGGAUUUCCCUACAUGGAGCACGCUCUUUUUUACCGAUGCAACAACCACCGCUGAAAAAAGAAGAGGUGGGGUUGGCGCGACCGAGUUAGCUCAACGUCUUCUCAUGUGGUCCUUGACUAUAUUGACCUGAUGGACAUGGGCACGCAAUUAAAUGAGAGUGUUUUGGUUUUCCUGGGUUAACAGGAGGGAUCGUGUGCAAGGUGAUGAUGGAAGCUCCUGUCGACGUUUACACGAUGUUUGCGUAUUGUCUGCGUGCCCCCUUGUUCCAUAUGCGUCAUGGGAGACUAUUUCCGUAAGUUUCUCUCUCUCUCUCUCGCUUUUACCCGCCGGCUAUCUGACCGACCCUUUGUCGCAUUCGCAUUCAUGGCCUCGAGUAUUCGGCGUGGUGAAGGUUCCAAUGUGGACGUUGGUGUUCCAACUCUCGCCAAGUUGGAUUUCUAGAUCGUUUCUGCGCAGCUCACGGUGGGUGGAUGGCGUAGUUUCGCUGUAGUUGCUCCGUCCUCGCUGCAGGGGGGCGGGAUCGAUACGAGUAAGAGCUCAGACCAGGCUUGGAAAGGCCCGUCGAAUGCGUUUGGUGUUGUUUUUUUUCUUUCGUGCUGCUUGUAAGACCCGGCUUUGGCAGACCAACGGUUGACUGCAUUCUCCGUUUUGCUUCGAUUGUUCUUGUUCUGCGGCUGCUGCUCUCAGCUGCAACUACCUGCCGAUACAUCCUUGUUCUUUUUUAGGCGCAUGGUGACACGCUUUGUAGAUCCACCUCCACCCCGCGUGCUUGGUGGAAGUAACGAAGUAACCAGUUGCGAUCGCCCGUGUGGGACGGAUGCUUGUCCAGUUAUGUGUGCCGGACGUUCAUGCUGCCGAUGGGUGUUGUCGUGGUAGGACAAGGCCGGUGGGUGUAGGACGAGGCGGGUAGGAGAGCCAGUCAACGGCGUCCCGGUUGCGCAAGCAAAUACACGACACCAUUUAUAUAUAGUCUCGAGUCGAGCGGGCGGAGAGGUGGUCGGCGAUUUUCAUUGGCAUUAUCACCUCUGCUACGCUGCGCUCGGUCCUCUUCGAGUGGGUCUGACGUUCCCACACGAGAAAACUGCCCUGUGCUGGCCGGCAUGAUACUGACUGAUGGUAUCAAAAUAUGUG